AUGUUAGAGGAGAGCAUAUACCCAAAUUUACAAGUGGCCCUUCAUUCAUCAGUAAGGUGGCGACUUGUGACGGUCGACGACUGUUCGCUCAGGCUUGGCGCAGGCACGCUUCAAAGAAAGUUCGAUACAGACAAGAUUGUCAAAGGCACUCAUGAAAGAAAGGUCAAGAUAACCAAUGUCACCAUUUAUGGUCCGUCAUAUGCAUUCAAGUUGAGCAUCGCCAGUUGUGAACAUUUCAAUCUCAACAUCAAUCUGACGGUGUUACCCGUGGUGCCUGACGACAAGAUGCCAAUCGAACAACAUAUUGAUAUCGAUCAUGGAGUCAAUCUCCAAGAGGUGGACAGUCUGUUUGGUACACGCAAUGGUGGCUUCAAUCGAAUUUUCCCGGCGCGUGGCAUCUUCCUUGGGGAGCACAUCGCGCCAAGGGAGGCGAUUAUUGAUGCCCAAGAACCACCCGAACCUGAUCAAAUUGCUAUUGAUGACGAGUUCAUGUCAUUGAUUGAUCCAGGAUUGGGUAAAGUUACGGAUAUGAAAGACAUGGAGGAUUUGCACUACGACUAUCUAGCCCUAAACGAACGUGCUCCCAACCUUAAAGAACUUGUAAUACGCACAAAUUCUGUGAGUAUCAACGAGGAGAGGAUAAAGACUAAACAGAUUGAACAGGUCAACAAGAUGCCAAAGCUCGACUACCAUCACAUUGCAAACACUCAAAACAACAUUUCCAAGAUCACUGGAUUAACUGUGGAAAUGGUCGACCCUGAGAACCCGCAGGAGAUCAUAACAUUAUUUUACACAAGAAUAAUGGAAUCAAUAUAUAUCAAAAGAUUCGCAAUCCAACUGCCCGAGAGAUACUCUGACAUCUGGUCCAUUAAAUAUCGCGCAUCACUAAGUCACUCCAAUCAUUUGACCAGAUGGCACAGAGAUGGAGAAUACAUUGGUGCCAAGUUAUCAGUUGAAGAGAGUACAUUCAGCUCAAUUGAGAUCAAACUCGAACCAAAAGAAAUAUAUCCAUUAUAA